AUUAUGGAAAUAUUUACUUUUUGUGAGAAUUCUCUUACACAAGAAAAAAUAACGAAUUUUUCGUGAGGAUUCUGACUUCUGAAAGAAAAAGUGGAGAAAAUUUACCAAUUGGAAAAGUAGAAAAAUCUUACUCGCUAUGGUUUUCCCCAUUAUUUUCAAUUCUACGUUUACUUGAUGGAAGGGCUAUAAAUUUCGAGCCCUGGCCCAUGCAAAUGUUAGUACUUUAUUUAUACUUUCGUGGAUGUCGAGCUAGCGAUAUUUUCAGUCUCUGUGUUCUCCGUGUGAGUAAUACGUUAGUGAAAGAUUACGCGAGUGUUUUCGAUAAAAAUAGAUCCACGAUCGAUAAUUGCACGCUUCAUGAUAAUCGUGUGUAACCUGAAUAGACAGGUUGAAAAGCGCAAAUAUUUCAAGCGCAUAUCUCGCGACGAUGAACUUAAUUAUACCUUCUUCGAGCGUUUUGCCAGAAUUGAGUGCUCCAAUACGAUGCUGUGCAUGUUGCACGGCAUGGGAUAUUUGGAGAGAAACGUUCGAUUAGAAGAUAUAAUCUCGCGUAUCGUCGAAGCGCGUGUCGCGGAUACGCAUUAUUAUGAAAACCACGCGAGUGGUUGCAUCGCCGUCUUCCUCCAUCGUCGCCCCGAAAAAGAGGAAGAAGAAGAAGAAGAAAAUCAUAACCGAAGAGUAGCAGGUAAGAAAAAUAUUAAAUAGUCAAUAAAGGUGACAUGAAAAAAAAGUUAGUACUUUAUAUUUAAUUACAACUAUUUUGUAGGAGAGAGAGUUGAAGCGCGGUGAAAUCGGCUACUCCUGAGACGACCACGAGAGGACGAUGAGGAUGAGGAAGCUGUACCUGCGCAGAGACCACGACUUGAAACUCCUGCUGCUAACGCAGAAUCUCCCCAAGUUAUAGUCUUGGAAUCAUCUUCUGAUGACGACUCCCAAAGCGAUUCUGAGGAGGAGGAGGAAGAGGAGGAAGAGGAGGAGGAAAUACCGAGCUCGAUGCGUUAUUCACCCCUUUACGAGAAGAAGAAAUGCGAAAAAACGCCGCGAUGGAGGUAGAAAAAAAUCCCAUCGAUAGAAUGGUAGCAGAAUGGGAGGCACGUGUGUUGGAGAGAAUAGCCGAAGCGCAGGAGGAAAGAGAGAUGGAGGAAAAUGACGUUGAGGGGGAAGAGCAGGUUCCGAGUUCAUGUGACUCGGAGAUAUUUAGCUGUUAUGAUACAAGAAAACGCUGCGAUGGAGAAACAGGAAAAAAACACCGUCGAAAGACUUAUAGCAGAGUGGGAACAACGGGAAUUAGCUGCAGUGCUGGAGGAACGAGAGAGGGAAGUAGAAGUGGAAGUUGUGGAACAGGAGGACGAGAAGGUGGUAGAGGAAGUGGCGCAGCAGGAAGAAGAAGAUGACAGAGAAGAUGUCGAUGAAGAGGAAAAAGAGGAGGAGGAGGAUGAAAAUACUGAAUCGGAAGAAGAAGAAGAAGAAGAAGAAGGAGAAAACGAAGAAGAGGAAGAUACAGAAGGAAAUGAAAAGGAGAGAGAGAGAGGGAGAUUGAAAUACCGAACACGCUUGACUCAGAAGCGUUAUUUUCACAGAGAGAAAUCGAGGCGAUAGAUUUGUCGAACAUAGAAGAAGAAGAAAAAGAAAAUGAAGAGGAAGAGGGAGAAAGUACGGUUGAAGAGGAGGAAGAAGAGGAAUUGGGUGACGCCGGCGUAGAACCUAUAGGUAAUAUUUCAGUAUAAUAUAUUAUUUUAAAAUAUAAAUUUAAAUAUAAUUUUAAAAUAUAAUUUUAAUUCGAUGGAAAUCACUCUCUCUCAAAUCCAUGAAUUUUUUGGGGGAACACGGAUCGAAAUAUCACUGGAGCCCUAAAUUAAUAUUCGGUUCAGGGAACUACGGCAUCGGACAUUGU